AUGGCAUUUCCUACUGAGGAGGAUGGGCCGGUUGUCCAUACACAGUACGGAGCCGUGAGAGGGGUAUAUGUGGAGGAAGGGGUCAUCUUCUUCGGUCUUCCUUUCGCAGAGCCGCCGGUGGGAGAGCUCCGCUGGAGGCCCCCGCAACAAUACAACAGGCCCUGGGCACCCAAAGUUCGCGACGGCACCGUACCGGGCCCGGGCUGCUAUGAAGGCGGUUGCUCGCCGGGUGACUCCGAUAUCCAUUUCGAAUGUCCCCGGGAUAGAAAAGUGAGUGAAGACUGUCUCUAUCUCAACAUCUUUGCCCCGCGGACAAUCCUUAACUCUACGGCUGAUAAACUGCCGAUUUUGCUGUGGAUCUACGGUGGACAAUACCAAGCCGGUAGCGGUUCUGCCUACAUUUACGACGGACGGUUUCUAGCUAACAAGACCAACACUAUUGUGGUAACCUUCAACUACAGGCUCGCUGCGUUUGGCUACCUGGUGGCUGGUCAGGGAGAAGACGCGGCCACGGGCAACUAUGGCCUGCUUGACCAGGUCGCGGCAUUACGGUGGACCCAGGAAAACAUCGGGAGCUUCGGCGGGGACAAAGGCCGUGUGACCAUUUUCGGACAGAGCUCGGGGUCAGAUUCCGCGGCCACACUUCUGAUUAACCCAAAGUUUACCGACUUGUUCCAUCAAGCCAUCAUGAUGAGCGUGCCUUUUACCAUUCCCCAUAAAAGUCGCUGGGAGGCGCUUCGCCUUGGAGAACACCUUGCUGACAAACUGAACUGUUCGCACGGGGACACGAAGUGUCUUCGUUCCAAAAAUUCAAGCGCUCUUCAGGCAGGGAUAGACAGAAUGGGGACAUUCUUUUCGAAUCCGUACCGUGCACUAGAGGCGGCUAUGAAGUGGGGACCCACCGUCGACGGUAACAUCGUACCGGCUGCUACAGUGGACAGUUUUGCCAAAGGGCAUUUCCAGUCAAAGCCGUUCAUUAUAGGAACUACCUCGGAGGAAGCUAGAGCUUACGUCUACUCCCUCUAUAACAAGCCGAUAAAGUCUAGGGUUAUGUUGUAUGGCAUUUAUGCAGCAUUCGUCCAUCUAAAGGCAGCAGACGUUGCUAAAGAAUAUCAUUCAGAAAAGUCCUCUUCGGACUACCGCCCCCUCCUGUCUGAUCUAGUCACGGAUUGGAUCUUCAAAUGCCCAACUCGUAACGUAAUUCGGAGCGCCGUGAGAAGUGGAGACACCAAUGUUUGGCUGUAUGUGUUCGAUCACGUUUGGUCCUUCCCACACUUGUGGGACCAUCAGAAAUUCUGUAACGGCCAUGUGUGCCACGCGGAGGACGUCCCCUUCGUGUUUCAGACGACAAAGCUUCCGGCGACCAACAUGACCAUGACCGCUGAGGAACAGAUCAUGGCGGAUACCAUAGCCUAUUACUACGGCAACUUUGCCCACACCGGGGAUCCUAACGAACCUAGCGGAGCUCGAGACGCCGCCGAAACCACAGGAGUAACAAUGCCAGUGGCAACCAAUUGGCCGAGGUACAACCAAGAAGGGAACUUUACUUGUCUGAACAUCAGUACUCCCCGCACUUCCCUGAUACAGGACUAUCGGAAGGACAAGUGUGACUUUUGGGACAGAAUGGACGUGUACAAUCUGUAG